AAAACGACACUAAAAUACUGCGCAGAAGCCAGAGAAAAACCCAGAACCGUCUCAGAGUCUCAACUCCAACCUCUUAUAUACAAUUCACCCACCACCGAAAGCCUUAAACAAAUUUCCAAAAUUAAAAAUGUUCUUCUUCUUCGUGGGAGGAGUGAACCAACAGGUGAGUCAGGUGCUAAAAUCAGGCGCGGGUCGGUGCAUAAACUGCGGGUCAAGAGCCGAUCUUGUUGAAUAUGAGAAAGUUUUAAAGGUGUUCUUUGUUCCAGUGUGGAAAUGGCCCGGCAAAGAGCCUCUAAUGCAUUGUAAUAACUGUAAUCUCUUUUUUCCUCCUGCUCUUUCUAAGUCUGUUGAGUCUGAGUCGGUGUUACCGAGUGUCGUUUCCGAUGAUGUCAGAUGUCGUUUUUGUGACCGGGCUGUGGAUCCUGAGUUCAGGUUCUGCCCCUUUUGUGGCUCUGCUCUGUAAUUCUAAUUGUCCUCCUUUUAUUUUUCGGUCUCGGUGAAGUUAUGACUUAGUGUAAAUGAAGUUUGAGACUAUAAUUUAUG